AUGAGCAGCCUCCGGUUUCCAGGUGCCAUCAACAGCAAGUUCACAACCAACCUCAAUUUCAUCAACCCCUCAGAUCAGCCCGCCAUCCCCACGUACAGAGUAAUGGAUUCCGAUGGCGUGAUAGUAGACAAGAGCAGAGCCCCAAAUGUCCCAGAUGAAGAGGUCAUCUCAUGGUACAAAAACAUGGUGCAGGUCAGCAUCAUGGACAUGAUCAUGUUUGAGGCCCAGAGACAGGGCCGUCUGAGUUUUUAUAUGGUUUCAGCCGGAGAAGAAGGAAUUGCUGUAGGAUCCGCUGCAGCAUUGUCACCGGAUGAUGUAGUCUUCGCACAAUAUCGCGAAACAGGAGUCUUCCAGCAGCGAGGAUUUACCCUGAAGCAAUUUAUGAGUCAACUGUUUGCAAACAAAAAUGAUAAUGGCAAGGGUCGCAACAUGCCAGUUCACUAUGGAGGAUCCAAUGUUAAAACGCACACCAUCUCGUCUACCCUGGCCACUCAGAUCCCCCACGCCUCGGGUGCUGCUUAUGCCCUGAAACUCAAAGCUUUGCAAAACCCUAAUGAGCCCAAGCAAAUAGUAGCUUGCUACUUCGGCGAAGGCGCAGCCAGCGAGGGUGAUUUCCAUGCAGCUCUCAAUAUUGCUGCAACACGAUCGUGUCCCGUUGUUUUUAUUUGCCGAAACAACGGCUACGCUAUCUCUACCCCGACUCUAGAGCAGUAUCGCGGUGACGGUAUUGCUAGUCGAGGCGUUGGGUACGGUAUUGACACCAUCCGUGUUGACGGAAACGAUAUCUUUGCCGUUCGUGAAGUGACCAAGGAGGCUCGCCGGAUGGCCCUAGAGAACCGACCAAUCCUUAUUGAAGCCAUGAGCUACCGUGUUUCUCACCACAGUACUAGCGACGAUAGCUUUGCAUACCGUGCCCGCGUGGAAGUUGAAGACUGGAAACGACGUGAUAAUCCUAUCAUCCGACUUCGUAAGUGGAUGGAAAACAAAGGUAUUUGGAAUGAGGAUCUGGAGCGCGAGACACGGGAACAGCUACGGAAAGAUGUUCUCACGGAGUUCGCCGCGGCAGAACGCGAGCAGAAACCGGCUAUCAAAGAGUUGUUCACGGAUGUUUAUGAGCAAAUGACCCCUGAGCUCCUGGCUCAAAAGGAGGAGCUAAAAAGUAUCAUCGAAGCAUACCCGAACGAAUAUGAUAUUUCUGAGUACGAUGGCGGAUUAAAGAGCCUAUAAGUAUAUCGGUGGCGAGACACCAACUACCUGGUGAUGAUGCGUUGUUUUCCUGACUGCUGUGCUACCUAUUCGCCUAUCUGUAUACGGGUAGAUCGUCCCCGAUUCGUCCUCGAACCAGAAGCGGCGUAUUGCGGAGAUUCCUGGCUUGUGUGAUGAUAUGCUUCUCAUUGAGAGAUACCCAAAAUACCCAAUUGGGAUAGAGUUCUUAGACUCGCUUCUGGUGUUUUGAUAGGUGACACAAAAUGGUUCACAUUGAGCUCUAACAGGGCAGAUCUAACCCAUAUUGUUUGAUGAUUUUACUAGCCAACCCACCUGCCUUGCCAUAUUUUCCAGUGUCAGGAGAUCAGUUAAUUUUGUUGCCUUUUGUGUCUGGUGGAUGUUUUCGAGGUGGAGUUACUGUGGAAUGUUUGUAUAUAAGUACCAUCUACUCUGUAGUCACUCUGCGGUGAUUUGUUUGGAAUUAGGCCAAAGAUAAGCCAGAAUCCUGAGGAAUACAGAACCCAAGUUUAUCUUU